AUCUGACGCAUCGCAUAUGUGAAUGCAGUAGUAAGUUCUGACAACUCAUAUAUGAAAUGAAUGUUUAGUCUAUCAUAUUCAUUUAUGCAUAUGUACAGUUCACUCAUUCAAUCAUGCACUCUGUGUAAGCAGCCUGGCAUUCAACAGUUCCUUUUACCUUUCGUUGUUUUUUUCUUCCUCCCAGCACAAACAUUUUCAUUCUCUUUCUCGUUCAUUCAACCUCAUGUUACACUUCAUUCAUUCUUUCCUAAAUUUCCUUCCUUUCUCUCUCUCUCUCUAAUCUCCACUCACAAUGUUGCCUUUUUACACUUCUGGGUUGGCCCAUUUUUCAUCUAUCAUUAUUUCUUUUUCAUUUUUUUUUCAUUGUAACUUGUGAGUCCAGCCAAAAGAUCAAGUUUUGUACUUGCUUCCUCUCUUUCUGUUGUGUUUUUUGGCCAUAAGACGCCACUCCCCCUUUGCUAAUCCAAUUUUUCUGUGAUGGUUUGGUGAGUUUUUAGCAAAUUCAUUUGGAUUUUGUUUGUUUUGCCGAGCUGUACGCUAUUACUGUUGUUGAUUUAAUUGCUGUCCAAAAAUUUGAUACUUUGUUGUUUAAUCUAAUUUUUUCCCUUUUUUGAUAAUAAAUCUCAUAUCCUUUUCCUUUUCUUUGUUCUUUACUCUUCAACCGCUUGCUAAAUCUUAAGAGUGUUUUUGGAAACAAAUUUUAUCUGUGAAUAAAGUGUUUCAUCUAUAUUCUAAUCUGGGUUGUGAUCAAAAUCCAAUAAUUUCAACUGUUUCUUCAAGAUCUCUUUUGUGUCCACCUCAAAUCUUGAGUUUCUCCUUCUGGGCUGCUUCCAAAAGUGAUGCAAAUUCACAAUGGCGAAUCUUGUGCCUGGUGUGUUGCUCAAGCUUUUACAACAUAUGAACACAGAUGUGAAAGUUGCUGGUGAACACAGGUCAUCUCUCUUGCAAGUUGUGAGCAUCGUCCCUGCAUUGGCAGGAGGUGAGCUUUUCCCCAACCAAGGGUUUUAUUUGAAGGUUUCAGAUUCAUCCCAUGCUACUUAUGUAUCUUUACCUGAUGAACAUGAUGAUUUGAUUCUUAGUGAUAAGCUUCAAUUAGGGCAGUUUAUUCAUGUUGAGAGGCUUGAAUCCGCCUCUCCUGUCCCCAUUCUUCGUGGGGUUAGGCCGGUGCCCGGUAGGCAUCCUUGUGUUGGGAAUCCUGAAGAUAUUGUGGCAACUCACUCUCUUGGAUUCCUUAGUAAUGAUAAUAAUAAUACUAAGAGUACCGGUAAUAGUUCUUCGGGGUGUAAACCUGGAGAGAGAGUGAAAUCGCCUUUAAAAGUAGAGAUAGGAAGUAAUCAUAAUCAUGUUUAUGAGAAAGAGAAGUUGGCGAAUAGAGCUAAGGAUGAUUUGCUGGAGAAAAGAACUGUGGCCACUUUGAGUAGAUCAAAGUCUCUGUUGUUGAAACAGUCACCGACUUUAGAUUUGAAGAAGGAAAGUUUGGGGAAGUUGAAGACCUCAGGUUCUAGGUCAAUCCCUACUUCACCCACAAGUUGUUAUUCGCUGCCUACUUCUUUUGAGAAAUUUGCAAAUGGGGUUAAGCGGCAUUCAAAGAUUAAUGGGUUGGAGAAGAGGACACCGAAGCUGGGAUCUGUUGAAAAGGUGAGUUCUCUUCGUGCAGCAAGCCCCACCACAAGGAAGGUGCCGGUGAUCAAGAAUAUAGUGCAGGGAUCUGAGUUUGGGGCAAAAGCUUUGAGAAAGAGCUGGGAAGGGAAUAUGGAGGUGAAGACUGGAGAGAAAUCAAAGUUGAGAGCUGCCAAACAUGAUCCCAAGACUGAAGCUCGAAGCACUUCGGCUCCUAGGAAAAGCACAUCAAGAGAGAUGCUACCAUCAAAAGAGGAGAAUAAGGUUAUAUCUGCGAAGUCAUCUAAAGAGGAGAAUAAAUUUCAAGUCUCAACCAAGAAAGUUCUUACAAAUGGAAUACUGGAUGAUCAAGAAUUAUCAAAUAAACUGAGAACUUCAAGCGGGAGGAAAUCAGGAGAGCUGAAUAAUAAUGGUCUACCUGGAAAUUUUGUUAAGGUUCAAAUAAAUAGUAAAAGAUUAACAGAUGGAAGUGUUUCAUGGAUGGCACUCCCUUCUUCACUUGCUAAGCUUGGAAAGGAAGUGAUGAAGCAUAGAGAUGCUGCACAGACGGCUGCAAUAGAGACUAUGCAGGAGGCUUCUGCUGCAGAGAGCUUACUCCAAUGUUUAAGCUUGUAUUCUGAUCUAACUUCAUCAGCCAAGGAAGACAAUCCGCAGCCUGCAGUAGAGCAAUUCUUGACACUUCAUUCAAGCUUGCAUAAUGCUCGCAUGAUUGCCGAUUCUCUUUCAAAAAUUAUACCAGCUGGUUCAUCCCCAGAUCAUGAAGAAAAUCCAUCUGAAGAAGCACUAAAAAUCACAUCAGAUAGACGAAAACAAGCAGCAUCUUGGGUCCAAGCUGCAUUGGCCACCAAUUUAUCAUCAUUUUCUAUUUUUAGCAAAAAUCCUUCUUUGACUCUUGUACCUCCUUUGGCCUCUGCUCUUGGCCAAAAGAUUGUCCCUGGCAAUCAAUUCAUGUUAUUGCUAGAAAAUUCCUCGAAGAAUUCCUCAACAAAACCACAAGGGAAACCCCGUCCUACAGUCGGCUCUAAACUUGUUGCCUCAGGAGCUCUUCGCAGAACAGGAGAUGGUCCAGCCAGUGGUCAAAAGUCACAGGUCCAACCCUUGCCAGACUGGAAUAGAGGAGAUGGUCUAGAUGAGGCUGUGGACUUAGCUGAAAUGUUGCAAAUGGAAUCCCAGGACUGGUUCCUAGGAUUUGUGGAAAGGUUCUUGGACGCUGAUGUUGAUGCAUCAUGUUUGUCUGAUAAUGGUCAAAUUGCAGCGAUGUUGACUCAGCUCAAAAGUGUGAAUGACUGGUUAGACAAAAUCGGGACAAGCAAGGACGAAGAGGCACCCCAUGUCUCAGCUGAGACAAUCGACAGGCUAAGGAAAAAGAUAUAUGAGUACCUCCUUACACAUGUUGAAUCUGCCGCUGCUGCACUUGGUAGCGGAUCACAAUCAUCUCCCCGCAUUCGACAAACUGAAACGAAAUCAAAAAGGUGACUCUCCCUUUCCCACCUUAAAAGGGCAGUGUUGUCAAUGUACUAUAUGUGGUAUUGAGACAUGAAUGUAUCAUCUAUGCUUUGAAACCACCAAGUUUCUUCCGACAGGUCAGUGAUGUAAUUUAUAUGUACAUAGAUCCUUAAGGGGUUUGACUUAUAGAUGAAGUAGUCAUUUUGAUCAUGAUAAGGCACUGAAGAUGUGAAGUGCAUGGAAAUUCUCAUUUUUCACCAUUUAGUUUGCAUUUGUUUACUGAAAUUAUUGGAAGGAAAACAGUUUGGAGAUUGCAGAGUUGAUAAUCUUCUUCUGAAUA